GAGGAGCCGAUUGCAAGUGGGGACUUGCGGACCCGCAUCAUUGUCGCUUGGUCUGCAUGGCCGGGCACGGCGAAGGUAUGUAUGAGGUUAACCUACGCGCAGGUGGUGAGCUGUGUUGUGGCCCACGCCUUCUGGCAGGUGGGGCCCGUCUAUAAGGACAGCAACAACGAUGAGCUCCAACUUUUCGAACUCGUCCGCUACAUCUUGGUGAUUCCUUUGGUCCUGGUCUCCCUUUACCAAUUCUCUGAAAUGUUAUCUUCUCGACCGAGGCACCGGGCCUUGGUGAUCACACGUGUGUCGAUGUUUGAGUUCGGGGUGAAGAUCACCUACUACAGUCUGCUCUCCACUGGAUACGACUUGGCGUAUCAGAAUCAGCGGUGCUACGACUACCGGCCCAUCUAUGUCACGCGCUGGAUAGGCUGGACCUUUGCCAUUCCCACCUUGGUCUUCAUGAAUUUGUACCCUAUCAUGGACCACCAGCAUGCGCUGGAGGUGCUGGUGCGGCUUUUGCCUCAGCAGCUGGCGACCGCAGCGUAUUGCUGGGCAUGCUGCCUGGGCUGCAUUGUCUUGGACCCGUGGAUGGGUUGGUACCUGAAUGUGCUGGGGUGUGUUGCCUAUGUCGCCGUCAUCGCAGAUGAGGUGGUCUUUGUCUGUGAGCAAAUCAUGGUGACUGCCCAGCCGGUGCUGAAAGGCUACAGCAUCAUCGUCAAAGAAUGCAUUUUCGUGAUCUACACAGGGGUUUGGCUGCUGGGCAACUGGGGCUAUGCCACCUCCUACUCUUGCCAGCGCUUCUACAGCGUGUCUGAUGUCAGCCUCAAAUCCGUCAUGGCAACGUUGUUGUUCUUCUACUGGAAUGUGGAUAGACCUGAAAAGGCAAGGUCACCACUGGAGGACGUCAUGGAGUGGAUGAGCCUGGCAGACCUGGACCAGGAGUACGACCCCUUCCCUCGAGGCAAGGCCGUGCCCAGUCUGCCCCGAGCGGGAAAGGAGAGCUACUGCACCUUCGCAGCCGGCGAGGCUACGCAAGAUGCGGACGAGGAAUGGAAUCAUCGAUUGCAGCGAUCUGGCGUGGCUGGACGAUUAGUUGCCUAUGAUCUUGGUGACCGACCACAAGACGAACUCCUAUUGCGAGGCGGAGCCGGGCACCGCGUGGCCGUGAGCUUCGUGCGCGGGAAGGCGGAGCAGGCCGGCGUCAAGGUUGGUGAUGUGCUCGUGUCCAUCAACGGCAGAAAGGACUUUGCCGGGCUUUGCGCUGACGACAUCCUGUACAGGUUGCGAGCGCCUGUCACCUUGGUCUUCCUGGGCUUCAUCGGCAAGUGGCACGCAGAAGUCCGGCUGAGCAGCAAGGAGAGCUGUUGUGGUCUGGACUCCAAGGUGCCCAUCCCUCUAGGGAGACCGGGCGCACCUUUGCAGGUGAUCGAAGAGGUGGUCUUCCAGCCGAGCACCGCCCCUUUGCUGCUGGCGGUGGAGGCUCCUGCGCAGUCCGUGUUGCAUUCGCUGCCCGGUGACACUGGGGAUGUGUCCGAGAUCGAUGAGUUUCAGGACCUCAGCCCAGAGUUCACCCAGGCUGAGCUCGCGUCCAUCGUGCAGGACACCGCGCAUGCGACGGAAGGCGACACGAGUCUCCAGAGAGCUGCUACCGAUGGCAUGGUGGGGCUCACUACCCCCCGAGCUGCAAAGGCGGCCGAGGUUGCAGCAGUCUACGAGCUUCGGGGACAGGAGGCCAAGCGCUUGGUGGAGCGCGUCCGCGUGGAAGCGCAAGCCCAGCCUCCCACUCCGAGUUCUCCCAGGUCUCAGCCGGAGGUCGACACGGUGCCCAGGUUCAGCGAGCUGCCGGCCUGUUGA